AUGGCUGGAAAGAAAGGAAAGUCAUUAUCAACACAACCAGGAAUGUUUGGUGUAGGAACUGCUGCAGGAAUUCCAGUAACACCAUAUUUUGUUAUGAUCCUUUCAAUUGGACUUAUUGCUGUCGUUAUAGUUGGACAUAUUGUUGCACAUAUGUUUGGAGGAAGUUCCAAUCCAACAAUGAAUUAA